GCUGGUGGAAGAGUUCAUGCUGCUUGCGAACAUGGCCGUGGCCCAUCAGAUCUACCGCUCCUUUCCCGAGCAGGCCCUCCUUCGCCGCCACCCCCCGCCCCAAACCAAGCUGCUGAAAGACCUCAUGGAGUUUUGCAACCAAGUCGGCCUCGACAUCGACUUCAGCAGCGCGGGGACCCUGCACAAAAGUUUAAAUGAAACAUUUGGUGCUGACAAGUACUCCGAAGCCAGGAAAGAAGUGCUGACCAACAUGUUCUCCAGGCCCAUGCAGAUGGCUCUCUACUUCUGCACUGGAGUCCUGGAGGACGAGACCCUCUUUCGCCACUACGCCCUGAACGUGCCCUUCUACACGCACUUCACCUCGCCCAUCCGCCGCUACGCGGACAUCAUCGUGCACCGUCUCCUCUCCGCCUCGCUCGGUGCCAGCUCGCCCAUCAAGAUGGAGAAGGAGGCCAUCCAGAGACAGGCAGAUCACUGCAACGACCGGAAGAUGGCUUCCAAGAGGGUGCAGGAGCUCAGCGCUGACCUCUUCUUCGCCAUCUUUGUCAGGGAGUGUGGUCCUCUGGAGUCAGAGGCCAUGGUGAUGGGUGUCCUGAACGAGGCCUUUGAUGUCCUGGUGCUGAAGUUUGGAGUCCAGAAGCGCAUCUACUGCAAUGCGCUGCCCUUGCUGGGCUUCCACUUCCAGAAGGUGGGAAGGAAGCCAGAGCUCACGCUCAUGUGGGAGCCAGAGAAGCUGGAGCAGGAAUCUGUGCCCCAGGUGAUCACCAUUUUCACGCUGGUGGAGGUCGUGCUGACGUCAGACGGCGCCCCAUUGAAGUACAGCGCCCUGCUCAAGAGACCGAGCUCAGAGAAGUGAGCACCCCGGGCUGCGUGUGCUCCCCGCUGCCGACACUUGCUCAGCUCCCAGUUCCCACACCAGCACCCGCUGGGGAUGGAGGGAACCCACAAGGAGUUUGGGGUUUUGAGUUUU